GCGAACAAUAAUCUCUACGCAUCCAGAAGACCCAGCGGGCACAAUAACACAAAAUGACGACCGUACAGAAGAUCAAGGAAAUCGAAGAUGAGAUGGCCAAGACGCAGAAGAAUAAGGCCACAAGUUACCAUCUGGGUCAACUGAAAGCCAAGCUCGCGAAGCUACGGCGAGAGCUCAUCGCCCCGACAGGCGGAGGAGGCGGAGGAGCCGGUCUCGGUUUCGAUGUCGCAAGAACAGGGAUAGCGUCGGUCGGGUUCGUAGGCUUCCCAUCAGUGGGGAAGUCAACACUAAUGUCAAAACUUACGGGAACACAUUCUGAAGUCUCUGCCAUUGACUUUACCACCCUUACAACCGUGCCAGGGACUGUCAAGGUUCAUGGUGCACCAAUACAGAUUCUGGACUUGCCUGGUAUCAUUGAGGGUGCUAACGACGGUCGUGGACGAGGUCGACAAGUCAUCGCUGUCGCCCGCACCUGCAAUCUCAUCUUCAUAGUUCUCGACGUCCUAAAACCCCUCGGCGACAAAAAGAUCAUCGAAGCCGAACUCGAAGGCUUCGGUAUCCGUUUAAACAAAAAACCACCAGCGAUCGUCGUUCGCAGAAAAGAAAAGGGAGGUAUCGCCAUCAUGAACACCGUUCCUCUCACAAAUAUCGACCAGGACGAGAUCAAGGCGAUCUGUAGCGAGUAUAAGCUCAACAAUGUGGAUAUUGCGAUUCGACAGCCAGGCGCGACGGUGGAUGAUUUAGUAGAUGUCAUUGAGGGGAAUCGGGUGUACAUCCCAGCCCUCUAUGUGCUCAACAAGAUCGACGCAAUUUCCAUUGAAGAACUCGACCUGCUCUACAAAAUCCCCUAUAGCGUCCCCAUCUCUUCCAGCCAAUGGCUCAACGUGGACGAACUCAUCCAAAAGAUGUGGGAAGCUCUCAGUCUCGUGCGCGUAUACACGAAACCUCGAGGGCUAGCGCCAGAUUAUAGUUCUCCCGUCGUGCUGAGGGAGGGGAAGAGCACGGUCGAGGAUUUCUGUAUGUCGAUCCAUAAGGAGAUUGCGAAGCAGAUGAAGUAUGCUAUUGUCUGGGGCUCGAGUGCGAAACAUUCGAGAGGACAGAAGGUCGGGUUGGAACACGUCCUGGAGGAUGAGGAUGUCGUUCACAUUGCGAAGAAAUAGUCUCGCAGCUUGCCCUCUCGUAUCCACGCACAUCAUGUAGCCUUACUUUCAUCCUGCUCUUAUUUUGCGCUUUGCAUUCCACGACCAUAGCAAUGCCACUAUUUGUACCACC